AUGUGUGGGCGAUAUUCUAUGGGAAUUUCUGAUUCGGCUUUGAGACAGCGGUUGGCGUUCAUCCGACAUCAACUACAACAACGAGGCCAGCAAGUUGAUGAAAUAGCGGACGAUGAUGAAGUGAGAGAGACGUAUAACUUUGCACCUGGGAAUUAUGGUGCUGUGCUAAGAGCCGAUACCCCUGACCAUGGUGGCAUUGGCCCUGAAGCGCUUGACGGCGAAGCUGCUGAAGAGCGAGAGCACUCUGAGCAUAUCGGGAAAGGAGAGAAAGGCACCAAGUACAAGAUUCAGGCUAUGAAAUGGGGACUGAUACCCUUUUGGACCAAACGAUCUCCAAACUAUGGCUCACUGAUGAAGACUAUCAACUGUCGAGAUGAUUCUUUAAUGGAAGAUCGAGGCAUGUGGACUUCGAUGAAGAAGAAAAAGCGCUGCAUCGUGAUAUGCCAGGGCUUUUAUGAGUGGCUUAAGACGGGGCCUGGGGGCAAAAUCAGAUUGCCAUAUUAUACCCGUCGCAAGGAUGGAGACCUGAUGUGUUUCGCUGGCCUGUGGGACUGCGUCAAAUAUGAAGAUACGGAUGAGAAGUUAUAUACCUAUACGGUAAUUACUACCUCAUCCAACUCACAACUUAAAUUUCUCCACGAUCGUAUGCCUGUCAUCCUUAAUCCGGGUAGUAAAGAGAUGGUUACCUGGCUAGACCCGCAUACCACCACAUGGACAAACGAGCUUCAGUCGCUUUUGAAGCCCUAUGAAGGCGAACUAGAGACCUAUCCCGUCAGCAAGGACGUAGGGAAAGUCGGCAAUAACUCCCCAAGUUUCAUUAUACCGAUUGAUAGCAAGGAAAAUAAGAGUAAUAUCGCUAAUUUCUUCCAGGGCAAAGGCGAUAAGAAGGGGAAAGCAGAUAUACGGGAGGCCAAGGAAGAUGAUUCUAAGAACUUACAAAAACUUAAACCUGGACAGACAGAGAGUGAAUCUGCCUUGAAGAGGGAGUUCUCUCCAGGGAAUAAGCCAGAGCAGGUUCUAGGGAGCAACAAGAAGGUAAAGAUUGGAAGCCCGCAGAAAGGGCCUACCCAAGCAGAGAUACAACCCAUCAAAGGACCCAGCCCAGUGAAGAAGAUGCGAAAUGCAACCAGAAACGACACGAAGUCAAAGGCCGGAGUUAAGCCCAGUGAUGGAAAUCAGCGAAUUACCAAUUUCUUCAAGAAGUGA